CAUAAUGUCUGCGAAAUUUGAAGUGAUCAAAUAUAUGUUGGUUGGAUCAAACGAGGUUGGUAAGACUGCCUUUCUAACUCGAAGUUGUGAGAACAAUUUUGACUCUAAAUAUGAAGAAAGUAAAGGAAUGGAUUUUAAAUCCAAAAUGAUUGAAGAUGGUAAAUACAAACUUUGCAUAUUCGAUACAGUAUUAUGUUAAAUCUACAGAAUAGCCUGGACGUGAAAACUUAAGAUACGCUUCAUAUGGAUUCUACAAAUCAGCUUUUGGUUUUGUUUUAAUUUUUGAUCUUACAAGGUAAAAAGUACUCUAUAAAAAUGAUAGGCCUUAUACUUUAGCAGAUUUGAAAGAUGAUAUGACUAAGAUUGUAAUGCAUGCACCUUAAAGUAUGAGUUGAUUGAAAAUUUAGACGUCGAAUACGUAUUAGUUGGAAACAAAUCUGAUUAAUCAGACCAUCAUUAUUACAGAGAAUCACAAGAAGAAGCACAAAAAAUGGCAAAUGAAUUACAUAUUCCAUAUUUUGAGAUUUCUUGUAUGACAGGAUAAAAUGUAGACUUAGUAAUUGAAGACCUCACAAAAAGAGUUUUGGUUCAAAUGAAAAAUGGAAAUUUGAGUCUUUCAUCAUCGAAUUCGUAAUAAAAUCGUUUGAGAGAUGAAAGAAUUAAAACUGAAGGAGGAUGUUGUUGUAAGAUUUUUUGA